ACACAUAGAAAAACAAAGAAGUGAGAACGUAACGUUAUCAUCCGCAUUCUUGGCACAAAAGUAUCCUUCUCCACUGUUAAAAUCCUUCCAUAUUACGGUUAUUCACUUCAAUGUCCGCUUGAGGACAUUAUGGAACUGUGCAAGAGGCCGGCUAGUGUAUCUGCUAUGGCAACGAUGAGGCCAUCGUAGUACGCGCUGACUGAAGGCGUUUACGUUUGCAUCUCCCCCGCCCCAAACAAAUCCAUUCUUUUCCCUUGCAAGUCAGGUGGAUCAGGUUGGGUGCCGUUGUCGAUGUGAAGGUCGUAGGACGGGGACAAUCGACACAUCGGUCGACGUGACCGUGCCGAUCAACAGCGAGCCAUCGAUCAAACGCUGCUCAGGAUCCGAUCAACUAUGGAGAAGGUGGAGGAAAUCAAGUACAAGGUGUUGGAGCUGAUCAACAAGAAGAAAGAAGUCAAAAUACCGAAAAUGGGAUUCACCGAUUACUACGUGCAUCAGCAGCUGCACCACCAACAGCAGCAGAAUCAUCACCAUCAUCAUCAUCAUCAGCAGCCGCAGCAGCAGCAGCAGCAGCAACAUCAUCUGCAACGUUUCGCGAUGAGUAGCGUUUCGAGUUCCGGAACCAGCGUCGCAUCAACCAAGAGUGCGUACGACUGGGCGAACGAGUUGACCAACGAGGAAGAACCGGAUGCAGUGGACGGUUCGGUUCCGCAGGAGAAAUUAUCUGAUCAGGAGUUGCUGGAAGCGACGGAAGCGAUCUAUUUCGAUGCGGGCAGCAAUAGUGGCCUGCACGAGCUGCGUCGGCUGUCUGCCGAGGACCGGCUGCUCGAUGGUCCUAGCGUAGUGCAACGGAUGAGUGUGUUGAAGCGGCAGCAUCGCGUCAUCUCAAAGAAGGUGCUGCAGCUGAUCCUGGAGCAGCGCGUUGCGUGCGAUGCGGAGUUUGAACGAAUCCGCGAAACUGAGCGGAUGUUGCGCGAUACGGCCUCAACCUGCAGGGAGGCCCGUCUGCGACUCGACACCUCGAAGCUCCUGCUGACCACGACCAACCUGGAGAUAUUGGCCGCGUACAGGAAGCGUCAGACUUUGCUGAGCCUUCUCGGCAUUCUAAAGGCGCUGCGUAGCAUGCGCUCGAUCGACCAGAGGCUGCAACGGCGGCUAACCGAUGCCGAUUACGGUGGCGCGAUCGCGAUCCUGCUGGAGAAUCGCAAUCUAUCGCAGCGGUACCACCAGUACCGAUGCGUGGAAUCGUUGGCACACAAACUGCAAGACACGUUGCUGCUGACCGAGGUGCAGCUCGAGAGUGUGCUGGGCGAGGUGCCGGCCGAGUUCGAGCCGAAACGCUACCGAAAGCUGCAGGAAGCGUACGCCCUGCUCGGCAAGCAACUGAUAGCGAUGGACGCGCUGCACAUGAACUACGUUUCUUCCGUGCACACGGCCGCCUUUACUGUGCUUCGACAGCACAUGGACGUGAACGUGGAGGAAAGCAAGAAGUUGACGUAUGAGCAGCUUUGCGAGUGCGUACCAGUGGAUAAGUACGUCCACUGCCUAACCGCCCUGUGCCGGGCAUUCUGGGGUCUGCUCGUCUCCUACCAUCAGGUGCGUUCCUGGCACCAGGACCAGGGUAUGGCUGCGCUGGAGAGUGCCGAGCUGACCACCGCACACCAUCAGGAAGAGUACAUCCGACAGAAGCUGGAUAGUGGGCAAUUUCGGCUGUGGCACGACAUGCAGGGUAAAGUGUGCGCCUUCCUCGGCACUGGUCGGCUGCACGCGCUCAAGUACGACCAGUUCGUACAGGUGCUGGCAAUCGUGCAGCGGCUGAAGCGGGUUGGACAUGAAUUCUGCGACAGCGCGUCUGAGCGGCUGCUCGGUGCGAUGCAUCGCCAGAGCAGGGAGUUCUUCCGGCGCUACCAUGCAGCCUGUUUGGAGGAGAUCGGUCUGUUCUUCGACCAUGAGGUAUGGGUACCAAUCGGUAGCUUCCACGAUGUGACGCAGCUGCAGGAGUAUCGCAACUUCCGGCACGCACUAGUACGCCACGCCAAGGCGGCUGCGGCUGCCUCCAACGCCACCGGCACCGCUAUCGAGCAACAGAAGCCACCAGCAGCGGGCAUGGUCACGAACGUGCCCGAGCCGGACAGUGCGUCAUCGAUGCACUCGCAGGAUGAAAGUUCGCUGUACGGCUCUUGCGGCUAUUUCCUGCGCUUUACAGAGAAGAGCUCUCCGUUCGACGGUGGCUUCGAUAGCACGAUGCUGGAGGAGGAUAUAUUGGCGGGUAUCGCGGACGAAUCGUCCUACUACUAUUCGGAGGACAGCAGCGAUACCAACGAACCGACUGCUGUGCCACCGGUGGAUCGUUCGCCAACGAUUGUAGCACCAGAAAUGUCCGCUUCAGUGGUUGUGGUCAAUACGUCGCUCACGGUGCUGCGCUGCAUCGGUCGCUAUCUGUAUUUCUGCAAGCUGCUCCACCCGAUCGCACCCCACAUUGUGCGCUCGAUGACGGAGCUGAUCGACUACUAUAUCCACGCGGUGCACGAGCUAUUCGCCUCCGAUCUGCCGGUAUCGCGCGACAAUCUGUACAGUGGUCGGCUGCGUCAGGCCCUGCAACGCAUUGCGACCGAACUAGUGCCCAAGCUGCGCCGUACUGCACCCCUUUCGGACGAGAUGAUCCGGUUGGACCUGGCCGAUCCGGAAUCACUAUACGGACUGCAGAAGCGUGCAAUCGCCGCCGAAAGCUGUCUCACCCUCGUCGCCCAGGUGCGCCAGAUGGAGGCUUACCUCAGCGCCCUGUUGGUGCAGCACGGUCCAACUGAAGGCGUUGGGAUGGAUGCGGAUGGAUGGAACCAGCAUUGCUUGCGCGAUUAUCUCGCCAGCACCAGCGACUACGUGCCGGAUCUUCGCAAACCCAUCUUCAUGUGCUCGACAGCGCGCGUCAUUGAUCUGCCGGCCGUUCUGCAUGCCAUGGCCAAGGUUAAAUGGGACGUGAACCAUGUUAAUGUACAGCAUUCGCCCUAUAUCGACAUUAUCAACCGUGGUAUCCAAUAUUUCGCCAUGAAACUGGAGGAUGAAGCGACGCCAACGCUAUUGCCCCGCGAUGCCCUCUGGGAUAGCUUUGUUCACGUGCUGACGCACCUGCUGGUCGAAGGGUUUGCGGCGGCAAAGAAAUGUUCGGCAGGCGGCCGGGCCUUGAUGCAGCUUGAUUUUACGCACUUCUGGUCGCUGCUCGAGAUCGUGUCCGGGGGCAAACACACCGAGCAUCGCACCUAUGUCGAGCAAUACGUGAAGGCAUACUACUUACCGAAGGAUCUGCUCGAGCAGUGGCUGCUCGAGGCGCACGGUUACUCGCCCCGGCAGCUCAGCGGACUGGUCGCCUGUGCGUGCAGCAGCGACAAGAAAACGCGACAGCGGCUGCUCACCCUGAUCGAGGGCCAGUCCAAUGUUACCAAUGGUUCUAGCUCGCCGUCACCAGCCUAACCUGGGUGCAUUUUACCGGCAGAACAGAUAUUCCUUCCCUUCUUUCUGUCUCAAGAUGCUUAUCGGUCCCCAGAUCCAGAAAACUUUGGGUACAUACUGAUUAUUCUCCAAUAUUCUUACUUCAUAAUCUCGCGCUCGCUCGCGUCGCAGCAGAGCCUUGUUUUUAUAUAGUUGGUUUUUUCGAUGUUAAGGAUUUUGGUAUUAUCUCUCUCUUUUUCUCUCUUUUCUCGCUCUCAAUUUCUGUAUCUCAUGUUAUAUUUUGUACCUCAUAUUGACUCUCUUCUAUCUACUACUGUUAACGAACACGUCCAUUAUGCAUCCUUUAGUUGGUUAUACCGUUUUUCAAAUAACUAAUUAUGUUUACGGUUCAGGCCGCAUCGCAUUAUAUCGCUGAAUCGCACUUCAUUGAUCGGAUAUUCGUAUCACUCCUCCUACUCCUCCAGCCUACUAUGGUAUUCCUUGUUUUGUUUUGUUUUGUGAAUCGUUAACUGGAAGCAGAUAAGGUAACGACUGCAUUGCGGAACAGUAUAGAUCAAAUUUAUUUAUAGAAGCGAAAGCAUCCACUUAAAGAUAAUGGACAGAUGGCGUUUUGUUGUAUUGCUCCUCUCCCAACCCCGUGUGAGUGGAGCAUAUCCUCACCAAAUAAAUUAAUCCAGAAUCUA